AAUUUUCUAUGGAAACAUUUUGGUCAACAUGUUUUUAAUGUUCUGGUGAAAUAUGAUUAGUCUAGGCGAAUGAUGUAUGGUAUAUAUAGUAGUUAAAGGAAUAUUUAGAGUUAUUUGAUAUGGCAAGAUUUAGUUUUUUUUUUUGCUAAAAUAUUAAUAAAAGUCCAAUGCAAGAUUUAGUUGUUAAAGGAAUAUUUUGAUUCAUUCUAGAUUCUUAGCUAUUAUUCGUAAAUCAUAUAUGGUUAGUUAAAUACCUUUUAUGGAUUCUUAUAAAUUAUUCAUGAGUUGGUUUAUAACACGUUUUUGUUUUGGUUCCUAUCGUAAGAAUAUUCUGAUAUUAAUUCAAAGGCAUUUAGACGUAAAUAGAGUAAUGUUUUUUGAGGAUGAUUUUUAAAUAUACUUCAAUUUUAAUAAUAUAAUUUUAAUAAUAUAGAUACUAAAUAUCAUAGUGAGAGUUGCUUUAUGUAGUGGAGAAUAUUGAACAACUAAAUCGAACUAAACACAUCAAAAUUAUAUUGGAAUAAGCUCCAUAUUCUUGAAAAAUAAAACCAGCGGUUAGAGAAGGUGCAAAUUGAAUCAUAUUCCAUUCCUAUUAGUUACUUUUUAUAAUAAUGAACAAACUUCUCCAGUUCUCCUACUAAAAUCUAUAUAAAGUUCACCCGUCUGUUGUUUCAUUUCAUAUUAGCCACAAGCAAUUAAGUACAAAUCAUUUCUCUAUAUACACUAUAUACACACAUUCGGAACAUAAUGGGUUCUAAUGUUUCAUCUGUACAUGAUGUUCCUUCAUCAGUGGAAAACAAGAAUGGUUUGGUUGUGGAAAUCGAAUCAAGAAGACAAUGGAGAUCUGUCUUUGACUCCAUGAAAGUUUCAAAUAAAUUGCUAGUGAUUGAUUUCACUGCUGCAUGGUGUGGACCUUGUAAAGCAAUGGAACCUAGAGUUAAGGAAAUCGUUUCUAGGUACCCAGAAGCUGUUUUUGCGAGGGUUGAUGUGGAUAAACUCAUGGAUGUGGCUGGCACGUAUAGAGCAAACACACUCCCAGCUUUUGUUUUUAUGAAGAGAGGAGAAGAGAUUGAUAGGGUUGUUGGUGCCAAACCUGGUGAACUUGUGUACAAAAUUGAAAAACAUAGGGUUUAAUAUUGUACUUGUUCAUUGGAGAACAAAAUAUUAUACUUUUGAGUGAUCAUGUGUGUUUCAUUGUUUGAAGUUGAGUUUUUUGGUGUGUUGUUUUCUCAAAGAUCAUGAAUAAAAAUGUCAAAAUUGUUUGGACA